GUGAUUGUGUUUGUUGCAAUUGUCAGUGGAGCGCUUAAAAAGUAUGAAGAACGUUGUUUUAAAUUUCUCAUUCCACAUCUGUUUUACUCACACCAUCGCUUUCAACUAAUUGAGUUUUUAAGUCAUUUAGUCUCUUCAAAACAUUUGACACAAAAGUUUAGACAUAAUUCAUUGUCUGUUUUUCUGGUGAUUUCUACCAAGAUUAAGCAAUAAUGGUUCGUGCAUGGUUUAUGGAUGAUGACACUACUACAGAUCAAAGAUUGGAACAUCAUCGAAAUCCACCGGAAUACGUCGAUUUGCAGAAAUUGUUUGAACUUAGUGGAGUUGAAUAUUUCAAGCUUGAUCCAGUGAAAUAUAAAGAAGAAGGAAUGUUAGACAACAUUCGCAAACAGCGGGGAUAUUCCUAUGAGGAUGAGAUCACCUGCUCACGUGAAUGCUUGCCCGACUACGAAAACAAAUUGAAAAGCUUCUUUAAAGAGCAUUUGCAUACCGACGAAGAAAUUCGUUUUGUGCUGGAUGGUCAGGGAUACUUCGACGUGAGAGACGCACAGGAUCGUUGGAUUCGCAUUGAGGUGGUCGCGGGAGACAUAAUUAUUAUCCCAUCUGGAAUUUAUCAUCGCUUCACACUGGACGUUAAUAAUUUCAUUAGGGCGAAGCGCUAUUUCGUUGGAGAACCCGUCUGGCUACCACAUAAUCGACCAGCUGAUGACAUGGACUGUCGCAAAAGCUACUUGAAUAAACUUAAGGAUGGAUUCAAAAUUGAAACUUGUUAAUCCUGAAAUGAUUUUAAUUAAAAUUAAAUCUGAGUCAGUUCAUGUAAAUCGUUUGUAAAAUCAACAAAUUUUUGAUAAUAAAAAAAUUUCUAUUAAAAAUAUUC